UUCUGUCUCCAUGAGCUCCAGAUGAGCAGAGGGUGAGCAGAGGUUCUGUGAACUGCACUGAAAUUCAUUUUGCAGCCAUGCAGCCGGUGCUGGAUAACCUCAAGGAGCUGCCGCCUUCAACAGGAGCCAAAGACAUCGACCUCAUCUUCCUCCGUGGCAUUAUGGAGAGUCCCUUAGUUUGUUCCCUCGCUAAGGCUCAUAAGCGAUUGGAGGAUGUUAAGCUGGUGGCGGUGCAAAGUAAUAACGUGGAGCUAGUGAGUGAGAUCCUGUCUGAUAUGAGCAGUCUGAUCACUCAGGAUGAAAGUGCAGCAGAACUCUGUAAGAUCCUGAAGGAACCCCACUUCCAGUCCCUGUUAGAAGCUCACGACAAGGUGGCCUCUAAGUCAUAUGAAGCUCCUCCCACCAGCACCAAUUCCACCAGCAUGACCAGCUCAUCCCUCAUGUCGGCUGACACUGUUCGCAUGAUCAGCAUCCAGAAGAAGGCCGGAGAGCCUCUGGGUGUAACAUUCCGGGUGGAGGACGGAGACCUUGUCAUCGCGCGUGUUAUGCACGGAAGCAUGAUUGACAGACAGGGGAUGCUGCACGCAGGUGAUGUCAUCCGAGAGGUGAACGGCCGAGAGGUGGGCAAAGACCCCAUGGCGUUACAGCACAUGCUAAGGGACUGCAAUGGAAGCAUCACACUCAAAAUCCUGCCCAGCUACAGGGACACGCCUCCACCCGCACAGGUGUAUCUGAAGCCACAUUUCACCUACAAUCCUGACACAGAUAAUCUGAUCCCUUGUAAAGAGGCGGGUUUGGCUUUCUCUAAAGGAGACAUUCUGCACAUAGUGAACAAGGAGGACCCCAACUGGUGGCAAGCAUGUAAUAUAAACGGAGGCCGCACUGGCUUGAUCCCCAGUCAGUUUCUUGAGGAAAAGAGGAAGGCUUUUGUAAGGAGAGACCUGGAUGGAUCAGGAAUCCUCUGCGGGACAUUAACUGGAAAAAAGAAGAAAAAGAAAAUGAUGUACUUGACAGCGAAAAAUGCAGAAUUUGAUCGCCAUGAAUUACAGAUCUAUGAGGAAGUGGCAAAGAUGCCGCCAUUCCAGAGAAAAACUCUUGUGCUGAUUGGUGCACAAGGAGUGGGCCGCCGAAGCCUCAAGAACCGCCUGAUUGUGUUGAACCCACUGCGAUAUGGAACUACUGUACCUUUCACUUCUCGGCAUCCACGUGAUGACGAAAAGGACGGCCAGUCGUACUGCUUUGUGUCCCGGGAGGAGAUGGAGACAGACAUCAAGGCAAGUCGCUACCUUGAGCAUGGAGAAUAUGACGGCAAUCUGUACGGAACCAAAAUCGACUCCAUCCAUGAAGUGGUUCACACAGGACGUACUUGCAUACUGGACAUCAACCCACAGGCACUAAAAGUACUGAAGACAUCAGAGUUCAUGCCAUUCGUGGUUUUCAUCGCCGCCCCAGAGCUCGAGACACUACGGGCCAUGCACAAAGCUGUGGUGGAUGCUGGGAUCACAACCAAGCUACUGACGGAAACGGACCUAAAGAAAACAGUGGACGAAAGUGCCAGGAUCAAGCGGGCAUACAAUCACUACUUUGAUUUGACUAUAGUUAAUGACAAUCUGGACAAGGCCUUUGAGAAACUGCAGGCAGCUGUGGAGCAGCUGGCCACACAACCACAGUGGGUCCCUGUGAACUGGGUUUACUGAGACGUACAGCGGUCCAGACACCCCAUCAUCAUCAUCAUCGGUGGCACAAUGAUAGGUCAGCGGCACAGAACACAAGUUCACAUUCAACGGACCCACCAGUCACUAUGCAAAUGUACACUAGCCAUCCGGUCACGACAGACAUAAGGGAAGUGUACUUAUUUAUUUACAUUUUUUUAUUUUCUACUGACUAAACUUAAAUAGUUGGAGGGAAAAAACAAAUAGGAUUUUUUUUUUUGAAUGGCUCGUCAUUAAAAAAAAAUAAUUUUCCAAAUAAGUAUAAGCUGCAUUAUAGUAUUUAAAGCAGGGGACUGUUUUCUUACUGUAAUUUUAGUGUGACAAACGUUGGUUUACAGUGCAGGAUUCAUCUCACAUCUCUUCAUCUUUCUGAAACGUGCUGUCAUACAGUUCAGUCACUACAGUAUGCCAAAUUAUUUAAGCAGCUUUAGUUUAUCCAGCUUCUGACUCGAUAAGAUCUUCGUAAGUGUCAUCCUGUUUUCCUCUUUGAUUUCAUUUGAGUUAAAUUCAAGGAAUGCUAGGAGUAAGCCAAAUUUGACUAAGUAUCACAAUAGCACUUUAUUUUACAGUCCUGUUUUGUACGUACUAUAAUAACUAGGUACUAAUCCUGAACCUAACCUUAAAGCCCAGAGUAUACUUCAGUUUUGAUGCAAAUGCUUAAAGGGGUAGUUCACCAAAAAAAUUGUCAUUUA